UGUGCAAGCUUCGUUACUCAAAACAGGUUUUACUAGGCAACAGAGGGGCGUUUACCUGAAACAACCAUGGCUCAGAGGCGAUAUACCGUGUUUCUUAUCCUUCUUAUGUUGGAUCCCAGAUGUUAUAUCCAUUCUGCCGAGAUGGCCGAAAGUGGUCUGGAAGCCAAGUUUUUAGAGUACUGUAAGUCUGCUGGAAGGGAGACUACCGCAAAAAAGGCCACAAUCAAUAAAAUGUUUACAGAUUGCGAGCUGUUUAACGAUAAGUUUGGUUCAAUUGACUUAGAUGUCGCAUUCCAUAUGGCAAAAGCAAACGGGUCAAGCGUAAUAAACUUUACGGAGUUUGAGGUUUUGCUUCGCCAUCAAAAACUUACCAAUGCGCAUGACUUUGAUGUAAGAGUCAAGAUUGCUGAAUGUGAUGGACCCAUAGAUACAGCUCGACAACCUGGCGCGUAUAUCUCUGAGAACACUGGCUCUCACAAGGAAAGAUUUGAUGAGUCCGGCAAUGGCGGGGGACGUGAAGAUGCUGUUGAAAACAGUGGAUAUGUUGGACGUUACCAGGGCGCUGGAAGAUAUAACCCCAAGCACUGAAUUUAGAAAGUCAACUUUUCGUAGAUUAUUAUGCAACGUGCUUAUAUGUAGGAGGUCUUUUAAUAUGUUGUUUAGAAAAAGCGGCUUUUGGUUCUGAGAAACAUUUUAAUAGCCAAGUUUAAUCUCAAACAAUUUGUCUUUGCUUGUUGGAGUAAAAAUUCUUUUUAGAUAUAGAUUCUAAGCCUUGGUGGACUAUUUUAAACAAUUUUAAUUUAAGAAUGUUCAGAUAGUGAAACUCAACUUUUCGUAGAUUUUUGUGCAGUGUGUUUAUAUGUAGGCAGGCUUUUUAAUAUGUUGUGUAGA